CUGCUUGCACAACUUGCAAUUUUGUCGGCAUUUUUUUACUGCAUUUUUCUUACUUUCAAAAGUUGAGCGACUCAAGUGUCAUGUAAAUAAAGUCUUCAAACGAAAAGUUUCGAAAAAUUCCCCAGUAAUGUUUUGGCUAAAAGGGGUCCAGAGGUCCCGGCAGCAACUGAACAGGCUCUGCCAGUUCCGUAGUCGUCCAAAUUACGGGAGCAGUCCCAGUGUCCGGGCGAUCCCAUCGCCAAUCUCCAUCUCCAGAAGCUCAGGAUUUUGUAGAUCCCUCGUUCGUUUGUACAGUUGCAGUGCAAAUCUUCCCCAACCCGCUGAGAUGGCCAGUAAAACCGCCCACUUCGUCCUGCCCAACACGCAGCCCAUCGCCGAUCUGGACUGCAAGACUGCCUUCGAGAACCUGACGGACAAGGAAAAGCUCUAUGCCCACCACUUCAGCAAGGCCUCCUGGGACGGCGGCCUCAUCGCCCUGAUCCAGUCCAGUCCAGAGGCACCGCUCAUCUUCUCCCUGCUGCACCGCAUCUUUGUGGCCGAGAAGCCGGCGGAGCUGAGGGCCAAGGCCCUGGAAGCAGGAGUCUCUGCGGAUGACUACACGGGCUUCCUGGUCUACACCUGCGGCGUGUUCGCCAAUGCGGGCAACUACAAGGGCAUGGGUGACAGCAAGAUCGUGCCCAAUUUGCCCGAGAAGAAGUUCGAGGCCAUAGUGAAGUCCUCGGCUGCCUACGCCAACGAGCCGCGUGUGGGAAAGAUCUUCGAGAAGGUCAAGGAUCUGAUCUAUGCACUGGAGUCGCGCAACGAGAUCCUGGGCUUUGCUCCCGAUGGAAUCACCACCUACUGGUCGGACAACUGCACCAAGGAGGACUCGGAGAUUGUGAACUCCUGGCUGACCUCCAAACGCAUCGAACCCUACAUGUGCCGCACCUUCAAGGUGUCCGAAAAUGGUAAAACCAUCUACGACGUGAAGCUGGGAUCGGUGGCGGACUCCGCGCAGGACGGGAUCACACUGCCGCUGGAGGAGUACAAGGGCAACCAGUUCCGGGUGACUCGCGGCGACUACCAAAUGCUGCUGCAGCGCGUCAACCAGCAUCUGCUGGAGGCCCAGAAGUACGCGGCCAACGACAACGAGUCCAAGAUGAUCGAGCACUACGUCCGCUCCUUUGAGCAGGGCUCGCUGGCCGAGCACAAGGACGGAUCGCGUUGGUGGAUCAAGGACAAGGGACCGGUCAUCGAGACCUACAUUGGCUUCAUUGAAACGUACAGGGAUCCGGCCGGAGGUCGUGCCGAAUUCGAAGGCUUCGUGGCCAUGGUGAACAAGGAGAGCUCAGCGAAGUUCUCCGAGCUGGUGAACCGCGCCGAAAAGCUGGUGGAGUACCUGCCCUGGACGGAGCCUUACGAGAAGGACUCCUACCUGAAGCCAGACUUCACAUCCCUGGAUGUGCUCACUUUCGCCGGCAGCGGAGUGCCAGCAGGCAUCAAUAUUCCAAACUACGACGAAAUCCGACAGGACGAGGGCUUCAAGAACGUGUCGCUGGGCAAUGUGCUGGCCAACAUCAACCGCAAGGACCCCAUUCCCUUCCUCUCCGAGGAGGAUCAGACCCUGAUGAAGGAGUACAAGGUGAAGGCUUUCGAGGUGCAGGUGGGACUCCACGAACUCCUGGGCCACGGCAGUGGCAAGCUCUUCCGCAUCGACGAGGCCGGCGUCUACAACUUCGACAAGGAGAACACCAAGAACCUGAUCACCGGCGAGCCCAUCGCCAAGUGGUACCUUCCCGGAGAGACGUACGACACCAAGUUCGGCGCCAUCGGCUCCUCGUACGAGGAGUGUCGCGCCGAGGCCGUCGGCCUGUAUCUCUCCCUGCAGCGCGACAUCCUGGAGAUCUUCGGCUUUAAGGACAAGGUGGAGCAGGACAACAUUAUCUACAUCAACUGGCUGAGUCUCAUCUGGAACGGCAUGGGCGUGGCGCUGGAGAUGUUUAACCCCAAGUCAAAGCUGUGGCUGCAGGCGCACUCCCGUGCCCGCUUUGUGAUCAUGAAGGUGCUGCUGGAGGCGGGCGAGGGACUCGUUAAGGUCGAGGAAACCGAAGGUGGCAAGAACCUGCUGCUGACAGUGGACCGCAGCAAGAUCGACACGGUGGGCCGGAAGGCGCUGGGCGACUUCCUCACCAAGCUACAGGUGUACAAGUCGACGGCCGACAUCGAGGCGGCCUCCAAGAUGUACGAACACUACUCAGAGGUGAACGAGAGCGGCUCGCAUCCGUGGGCCAAGUGGCGGGACAUUUGCCUGGCGCACAAGAAGCCACGCAUGAUCCUCGUCCAGGCCAACACGGUGGUGGGCAAGGACCAGAAGGUCCAGCUGAAGACCUAUGAGCCCACGCACGAGGGCUACAUCCAAUCCUGGGUGGAACGCUACCCCACCACCGACAUCGACGAUCUGCUGGAGACCAUUGUGGAGAAGGACAAGAAAUACUUCCCGACUGCCUUCAACAAAUGAGAACAUUUCGCAUUUAACAAGUUCGCCUGUACUUUGAAAUCCAUUUGUUAACUACAAUUCUGAGAAAAAUUAUAAUAGUCAUUUAAUGACAGAGUAGAAAUUUUAA